AUGUCGAAAGUUAAGAACUUAUUCGCCAAAAUGCUGCAGCGUUUUGGCAAAAACAACUCGAAUACCGACAGUCAGCGGUAUGAUAGUUUGGAGGAGAUUGCCCAGAACCAGGCAAACGAGAGGAUGUUGCGGGAGACCCAGGGGGGAAUGGAGGAGCACCUGGUCAUCUGCCUGGAGACGGCGGCAGGGAGCUUCUAUUGGCACUCGCAGUAG